AUGAUAGGCCUCAACCGAUUGGAUGCGAUUCAGUUGCAGGGUCCCUUAGGACUUGGCCGCACCUCCCUCGCCAAGCAACAUGAUGAUUUGAAGGUUGUUUUGUCACAAGCCCGAUCAGAUUUGAUUGCUGAAGGAGUUGUAUUGCCGCCUGAUGAGGCUUUGAUGGCGGAAGUGCACCCAGCUCUAUCCGAGGCUACUCAUAGUUGGCUCGAGGACCCCACACCCUCAGCUUUAGACCUUGGUUUACUCCAAGGUGCAUGGCUUGAAGUCCUUGCAGCCACGCCACCAGUGGAGGCUGAAGCAGCCUAUGCCUUCAUCCGUUGGGGUACUCGAGGCUUUGAGGAUGUUCUUGAUGCCAUUGAAGACCUUGCAGCUCGAGAAGCAAUAGAUGAGGCAUACUCGAUAUUGCGCACUGAUCUCCCUCUGCUGCCAUUGGUCAAGAAGAUGGACCGGCUUCAGCAUGAACUGAUGAUGCUGCCUUUGUUGCACCCACAGCAAUCAAGACCUCACCGUCCGGUUUACAAAGGACCUGCUAAUGUCAGUGAACGUUUGCAAGUUACUCGAGAAGUGCCGCAAGCAUACGAAAACCAAGCCGCCCAACGACAACAGUGGUUGGACUCAGGACUUCGCGUGUCAAUGGCUCAGGUGAACACUAUAUAUUCCUUUUCUGAUGGUGGAUGGACAGCCAACUUUUGUGAUCAUACACUUGUUUGCUGGCAGAAGAAGAAGCCGAGACUUCCAUGA